AUGUCCAAGGCCGCCGCCGCCGCCGCUGCAGCGGCGUCCCUCCCGCCACCGCCGCCGGAGGUGGCCCACCUGGUGGAGCAGCUCCAGCGCCACCACCUCGCCCCGGACGCCUCCCUCCUCUCCAGCUCCGCCCACUCCGACCUCCUCCAGGCGCGCGAGGAGGUCGCGGCGGAGCGCGCGCGCUACCUCGAGGCCCUGGCGGUUUACGCGGAGGCGAUGGCCAUGGUGGAGGAGUACCAGCACGCGACCGCCGCGGGCAGCGCCGGCGCCGGCAAGAAGCUCAAUUGCUCCCCGCAGGUGUAUGAGUCUUUGGAGCACCAUUUAGCGGUUGCGGAGGCGGCCCAGAGGCUGAGGCUCCCACUGCUCUCGCAGGACGGGGAGGUGCAUGAGGAGGAGAUAGAAAAGCUGAGCACCUUGUCGAGGGCUUCUUUUGACAGCACCGUAACGAGUGCCACGCCCAGCUCAACCUCAAUCUCGACUAGCUACAAUAACUACAGCAGCACCGGUAGCGCCUUGGCUGCUGGUGGUGGCGGUUCUGAGUUGGUUGAGCCUGGAGCUGGGGGCGUGCCCGAUCGUUUUCUUGGAAUAACAUCGGAUUAUCUCUAUCAGGUCCAGCAACAGCAGCCGGCCAUGACUGUGGACAUGGUCGAUUAUCAGAGAACUGUGGCCAGAGAGAUUGAGGCUCGGUUAGAAGCCAAGUGUGACGCUUUAACUGAUCUUUUUGCAAUGGAUGAAAGGGAUUUAUCAUCCAUGAAUCAGAUUUCAAGUGCCAGGCUUCCAGAAAGGGUGAAAUUAAUCAUCGAAGAGAUAGAAAAGGAGGAAUCCCUUUUACUGGAGGAUCUUGCUUCAAUGGACAGGAAAUUUGCUGAACACUACAAUGUCCUGGAGCAAAUUCUUGCUGUACUUAUACAGUUUGUCAAAGACAAGAAGUUGGAACACCAGCACCAAUAUGAUGAUGUGAAGAAGACCUGGCUUAUUAAAAGAUGUCGUACAAUGAAUGCUAAACUAAGCUAUCUGGAGCACCAUCUCUUGCGUGACACCUACACGAAGGAGACAGUGCCUGCAUUGCAUAGGAUCAGGAAAUAUCUUGUGGAGGCAACCAAAGAAGCAUCCAAUUCCUACAAUGAAGCGGUUUCACGACUCCGUGAGUAUCAAGGUGUGGAUCCACACUUUGAUGUAAUCGCGAGGCAGUACCAUGAGAUUGUGAAGAAACUGGAGGGCAUGCAGUGGACGAUCCAUCAGGUUGAAAUGGAUCUGAAGCCGGCCUCAUCAUGAUCAUGUGGGCGUCUGAACCCCAUUACUCUGGGAGAAGAGGCAUCUUGUGUUUGUUACCACUCACCAGAAUGCUCAGGACACGGGUUUUGUUGAAUUUGUUGUUUGUCGCUCAGGAAGUCAGGACAGAGAGACGGAGUAUGAUUUCACCCGAGCGCUCGUCGUAUAUAUUGCGCUGGUGGUUGUGUGUACUAUUUCUGUAUGUUUUUUUCUUCUAGAUAGAGGAAACCUAAUGUAUGAAUCGGACACCAUGUUCUGUCAUUCGAACAAUAUAUUGAAAAGCUUCUAUGAGAGAAGUAUCUGUGUAUGUUUUGUUUGCUGAUAGUGCGAUGUAGUCUGUUGGAUUCAGAAGGCAUUAUGUGUGUACUUAUCAAUACAGAGCAAGUGUUCGGUUGAA